AAAUGUUUGUGUGCGUUGGAGCUGCUGCAUGCUUGUUGGUGACACAAAUUAGCCCAGAGACUGCCGUAAAAUAACAGGAAAUGAAGGAAGACAAUUGCAGCACCCACAUUGUGAUUUGGAUGAUUACAACACGAGGGUUAAUAGAUAUAUCAGACAGCUUCUUUAUUUUGGAAUAAGAAACUUAACAACAGACCUUCCACCCCAGAAGUCAAUACACAGAAAACGACACGAAAAAUGUAAUUGUAAGUUUACUGUGUACAGAUCCAUUGGGCAGUUUAAUUCCUUGUCACAGCAACACCGUUGGAAGGACCUGUCCUCACGGUCGCCUCUUCAAACCGGAGCACCGGGAGGAAGCUUCACGGAAGGACACGCCCUGGACUUUAAAAAUGGUGCAGUAGGUGCGUUUCCCUCGGCUGCUCACAUCCUAUCUGGGGAAAGAAAACGGCACAGGGCUGAAACUUGUGUCGCUGCGUCUCUUCGUCCUUACAUCUCUGGCGGAUCCGCCGUCGUGCGCAGGCUGCUGUAUGUACUCGCCGUGGCCAGGAGACGAGGAGAAGCACCUGCCGGAGAGCGGACACGCCGCGGGAUGGACGCCUUCAAAUCCGCCGGCAGAGCGAUCAUCAAGAGCCCCGGAGUUCCGCGGCACGCGUGGGGAACCUCAAAGCAUGAAAAGCUGCCAGAGAACUGGACAGACACCAAGGAGACUCUGCUGGAAGGAAUGGUAUUCAACGUGAAGUACUUGGGAAUGACUCUGGUGGUCCAGCCAAAAGGAGAGGACAUGGCUUCAGCUGCCAUUCACAGAAUAGUUGCCAUGGCCAGAGCCAGUGCUAAGAAAUUUCGGAAAGUAACAUUGACUGUCUCACCAAAAGGCAUCAUCAUCACAGACACAGAGACGGCGGACCUCAUAGAGAAUGUCUCCAUAUACAGAAUUUCAUACUGCACAGCAGAUAAAACUCAAGAUAAGGUCUUUGCCUAUGUUUCUCAGUGUGAGUUCAAUGAAACUCUUGAGUGCCAUGCAUUUCUCUGCCAUAAAAGGAAAAUUGCUCAGGCUGUUACGUUAACAGUAGCCCAGGCCUUCAAAGUUGCCCUAGAUCUUUGGGAAAUUGCUCAGGAAGACAAAAGCAGGAAGUCCAGGAACUGCAGUUCCUGUGCAGCCAGUGAUGGACAGUCAGAGACAACAGAAGCUCAAUGUGUUCCAGCAGAUUAAAUAUGUUUCAGAAUGACAGAUCCAGCUGUUCUGCGGGUCAUCUUUGGUGAUGCGUCUGAUUCAAGAAAACUGCACCUGUUUUCUGGAAUUCCAGAAACCAGCUGGAAGAACUGCAUGUGUUAGUAAAGACAUUUUUUCAGUUGAAAGAAGACUUCCGGUUGCAAUACAUGGAUGCUGAUUUCAAUGAGUCCAUGAACUUGACUUCCAUGUCUGAAAUUGAAAAUGAAAGUACACUAAAAGUGAUAUACUCACCAACCUUGUCACCUCUCGAGACCUACAUCACUUUGACAACAGUAGACUCAUCUGCUGAGACCUUUGUCACCACAAGCCCAGAGCCUGAAGCCUCUGCUUCCUCAAUAGCCUCAUCUUGCAGUGAUGACACGCUGUACACAUCAACCCCACAUUCAUCCCCAGAAACUCGGCCUUCAAAAAUGUCCUCCUGGCCGAAGGUUUUUGUGGUCCCUAAAUUCACCUACGAGGCUGAAUUUGAGCUCCACCAAAAGAAUACAGAGUUUGAGACGAAUGGAACAUACUUCAACCCUGGCCCAAAGCUGAAAGGAAUCAUCCUUGAUAGCCUCGCCCAAGAACUGAUGAAAUACACUAAAUAUCCAAAAGACUAUCAGUGUGAAGAAGUGGCAGCGGCUUUGAUGAAGGCACACCCUUGUUUGGGACAGCUGGGUUCCAAAACAGGAUUUUGGGGAUGGAAACAAUCACUUAAGUAUAAAGUGCAAAACUAUCGAACAAAGCUUGGGCUUCUCGGACAUCCUGAAAUCCGUGUGAACUCCUUAAAGCACAAACGAGAAGGCCGAGGCAAAGCUGCAGCCAAGAUCAAGAAACCAAGAAAGACUGAAGUUCAUUAUAGUCCUCUGCAUCCAAAAGGUGAAACCCCAGAAAGCUUGAAGAAUGAGAGAAUUGCUUUAUUGUCAGAAGUGAAAAAGCGUGACAAUGCAGUGGUGAUUAAAACAAAAAUGGAGAAAACCUUCUCCCACAGAUGACUAGAGGUUGUGGAGCAGAGGCCCAUGAUAGGAGAGUUUAAGGACAGAUGGCCUGCCUUGUUAGAAAUGAGUGAAGUGAAUGCAGAGUUCUUGCGGAUCACCACUAAGCCACUGCAAUCAAAAUUCAUGUCACAGUUUGACCACUUCUCAGACAAGCUGCUGAAGAUCUUCAAGAGCAAAGGAGGAAUGAAGGGCAAAGGAUCAAAGAUGUCCUGACGAUCAGUGAUUUAUGUGACAACAUCAACACUAAGAGGGAGUGCAUCCUACGAAGCCUUGUCAUCUACCUCAAUGAAGAUCCAGACUCAUUCUUUAAGGAAUAUCUGGCCUCCACCGCUGAGGAUGCAGACAAGGACAUCACAGACACAACCAUGGGGAUCUAUACAAUCAGAAGAGAGCGGGUGGAAGAGCCGGUGGAUGUGGGAAUUGUGAUAGAAGGCAUUAAAGUUCUCAGCAACAUUGGCAGUGUCAUCCUGGGCUUCAUCAUGCUGUUUGCGCUCAUUUAUGCCCUUGAUCUAGGCUUUCCAGACAACCUGAAGUACGCCUUUGAAUUUUUCCAGAAUAUCAUAAUGAAUCCGGAUGGGCACAAGCUGAACACAAGGAUCCAGCAGCUGAAAAUCAAGUCAUUAACAUAAGAGGUGACCACCUGUCAUGCUAAUCAGAUCUUCUGGGAGUUGCUUUUAUUUUGUUUUUUUCCCUCUCAGUCCAUAACAAAGAACAAUCACUGACCUCAUCGAAGAUUCCUUUGUUCUAACUUUUCAGAAGAAUUGUAAGUUGCACAAAGGCAGCUUAUGGCAAGUACAAUUUAGUAAGCUUUCCCCUCUCUUAAGACAAUGCAUGGAUGAUAUGCAACUGUGGAGAGACUCCUGUCUGAUAAACUGAAGUAUGAUGGGGAUUUAACACUGGAACAUUCUAUGGAUUUGGCCACUUUGCCUCCACAUUCUAUCCUCUUGAGAAUGACUUUACUUUCAACCAUUACCAGGCUGCCAUUCAAGUGCCAGCUGACAUGUCUAUUCUGGGUUUCCUUGUCAUCUAACUGUAUGACUCUUGGACAUUUACACAAGUCAACACUUUCAUUGUUGUCAUUUUCAGUUCAUGGAAGAUUGUUAUUACAUUGCUGAAGAUACUCAAGUAAAAACCUAGAGGUCUUGGUGUGAAUUAUUCAAGUUAAAAAUGAGAUUUCUUGGUGUGUGUAGUCAUAAUUCAGGAUGAUUUGCAUUUUGGGGAUUGCUGUGGGGGUCUGAAAAUGUCUGAUUUGUUUGGUUGAGUUGAGAUUUGCUGGCUGUGAAAGCCAGGAAGUGAGGAACACCAAACCACUCACCAAAGCACCUUUGUUCUUAGGCCCCCCUGAAAUUUAUCACCCACUUGUGAAGACUCGCUUUUUUAUAGCAUCUUUGCUGUUUGUGUGGGGUUUGAUCAUUUUUCAGUAGUUACAAAUUUGUUACCUGAGUACUAUUUCCAGGGCACUUUACAAGUAGGAAUGCCCCUCUUAAGUUUUGUAGAAAUGGAACAAAAGUUAAUAGAUUGCUAAAGCUGUUCAAGUAAGUGUUAUCCUAAUGUAAAUAUUCAAGAUGUUGAACCAAAUUACAGUGUUAAUCUUGGUAAUUUCUAUCUUGAUAUUUUCUUGGUACCAAAAUUGUAAACUGAGCUAAAUAUAUAUUCAGUUUUUUUCUGUUUUAAUUUCCUGCUCAGUUCUGUCUUUGUUGGCCUUAAAGUAAACAUGCAGGCAUGUUAGUGUUCAGUUUUGGCCACUCUUGCAAACUCAAAAUAAAAACGUUUUAAGCAAG